UGCGCAGUGCGGCGAUCGGCGAUGCACUGUGUCCCUUGGACACAGUGGAUCACCAAUCAACAGAAUGAGCCGAAGAUAUCAGCUCGGUCAUGUGAUCAACUGUGUCCAAUCACAGCUGAUCACAUGGGACAUGUACACUGAUCAUCAGGGCACUGAUGAUCAGUGUGCCCUGAUGAUCAAUGUAGCCCCAGCAGUGCCACCUGUCAGUGUCCAUCAAUGACAGCUGUCAGUGCUCAUCAAUGCCACCUGCCAGUGCCCAUCAGUGCCACAUCAAUGCCACACAUCAGUGCCUACCAGUGCACAUCGAUACCACAUAUCAGUGCCCAUCUGAGCUGCCUUUUCAUGACACUUAUCAGUGCCAGUCAGUGCCACCUAUCAAUG